AGGAGCUAGAGACGCUGUUCGUGUGCGUCGAGAACAACUUCUGCGGGAAUGUCUUGAAAGUGAGAUUCUUACAACUGAAGCUGAAAGUAUAGAAGUGGACUCAUACAAUCGUCAAAAGAUGAAUUACUUGCCAAAUGGUGUUCAAUUAUGGUACAAAAAGAUGCCAUCUCCAGCAGCCAUUAGGUACCAUGGCUUAUCAAACCAAGGAGCAACAUGUUACCUAAACAGUGUGCUGCAGGUGCUUUUCAUGACCGAAGACUUCACAGAGGCUGUGGAAAGGCACACCUGUGAAAAUCCUGGCACUGAGUGUAUCGAUCCUCAUCUUACAUCCUUGUUUAAAGACUUAAAAGAACAAAUGGCAUACACCUAUAAAAUCACACAGAAGCUGGGCAUCAACAAUGUGUAUGAACAGCGUGAUGCUGCUGAGUACUAUGAGAAGAUUUUAGGUCUGACCAGUCCUGACGCAUCAGAGAUCUUUCACGGACUUUUGACAAACAAGACCAUAUGUUCUUCAUGUUGUACUGAGACGGACACAGAUGGGGCAUUUUGGCAUCUUUCUCUUGCAUUGGUGGAUUACAGUGAACACUACAGUGUAGUCAGUGGCAUUGAGGAGUAUUUCAGAGCAUCAGAUUUUAGCGGGGAAAACCAGAUGUACUGUGACAAGUGUGAUGCCAAAUCUGAUGCAACUACUAAAUGUGUAAUAAAGCGUCAUCCAGAGGUUUUGAUGCUGCUGCUGAAGAGGUUUGAGUUUGACUACCGUUGCAUGACAUACGUCAAAAUCAACCGCACUGUGGAUGUCCCCCACACUCUACAGAUACCAGAGAAUCAGGCAUAUGAACUUUAUGCAGUCGUGGAGCAUUUUGGAGAUCUCAGAAGAGGACAUUACACUGCAACCAUCAAGUCCCAGGAGGAUGGUAGAUGGUAUGACUUCAACGAUGCUACAGUCACAUUGCUUGAUAACCAGCCAUUCCAGCUGCAUGACUUUGAGAAAUCCAGCAGCGCUUAUCUUCUUUUUUACAGGAAAAAGAAAGUGCAUCCUCCUGAUACUUGUUCCCAGGACAUCAGAGAGGAGCGUACUCCUGGAGUACCUACCAGUGAUACCUAUGAUCAUGGUCAAGAUGCUGCAGAGAGAGAGGAAUAUGAGAAGGCAGCAGAGGCGGAUAAUAACACAACAGUUGUCAUCAACCAAAAUGAAGGAACUGAAAAUAAAGACUUGGUCAGUUUUCUAAAGAGGUCUAGAGAAUCGGGGGUAUCAUCUGACCUCUAUGUAGAGAAUCAGGAAGUCUGUAAUGAGGAAAGGAAUGACUUGAGUCAUCGUCUUCAAGGUGCUCAUGCAGACAGACCAAGAGAUGAGGGGAAGACAGUGAUGAAUGAUGAGGACAUUACAGGAAAUGCAGAAGCUAAAGACAGCGCAGUAAAGAGUAAAAGUCAACUUGAAGAGAGGGUUGCCGAUCAGGAACAUGACAGUGGAAGACGAGAUGAUGUUAGACAUAGGAGACCACUUGAGUCUCUGGAGGGUGACGACAUACCCAACACGUCAUGUAACCAUCAGAAGUAUAAACAGGAAGUCAGCAAUAUGCAUGAGAGACGUGAAUAUCCUCACCAAGUUUGGGUUGACAUGCAGAGAGAUGAAGAAAGUAUGAUGAUUGAUGUAAAUAGAGACAGGGGUGAAAAGAUGGAAGGUGAACAGACAGAAAGGAGAAAGAUGGAUUCAACAAAAUGCAUCGACAAAGAUACAGAGCAUCAGGUCAAUGAAGGAUUAGAUGAUGUAAGACAGAACAUGUAUGAAGAUCAGGAGGGUACACAGGAAGUUGGACAGGAUUAUAACCUCAAACCUGUUAGUUUGGACAAACAAGGAGAUAAUGACAAGAUGGAAAUAAAUGUAAGGGUUGACAGGGAAAGGCAAACUGGAGCUGAUGAAACUGUGAUGGUAUCAGGAAGCACAAGGCUCAUGACAAAAUAUGACCUCAGCUAUGGUGAUCACAUGUUUUUUGAUCGUAAACAGGCAGAAAGGAAAGGAACAUCAGAGAGACUACAACACUGUUGUCAGGAUGUAGUGGAUCAAAACAAUGAUGGUAGACGGAACAGAUCAGAGUGUGUUAAACAUACAACACCAAAUGAUGUUGGUGCAGCGGAACAGCAGGAAAAGAAAAGAGAUAAUGGAGAGGACUCUUCUCUUAGACAACCAGAACUGGUAGCAAGCAGCAGACAGGGGGAUGCUCAACCAAAAGCUAGAACUGGUUAUGAUGAAGGAGCAAUUCAAGCUAGAUGUGGUUCAGAGCAAUCAAAAACAUAUGAGUUGAAGAUAAUUGAGGAAGAAGUUAAGGAUGGUGUACAAAGAAGCUGUGAGAUUCAGACCAUGAGAAUAAAAACCUUAGCUGGGACCUCACAAGGUGGCAUGAAGAGUUGUGUAGAAUAUAAUGACGGAAAUGUCAAAAGAAAAUCUGAUACAAAAAUAGAUGCAGACAUCACUUUGUCAGAGGGUUUUCACAAUUUAGAUCUAAAUGACUCACCUGCACUAAAGCCACUGAAACACAGAAAAAAAGGACUGUCUGAUGCAGAAGUUCAAGCUGAAAUAAAACAUGCAACGAAAAAAAGAGGUAAAAAGAAAAGAAAAUCUCAUCUUCACAUUUUUCCUCUCAAGCUCAGCAGAAAGGAAAAAAAGAAACGACCAGAAACUACUGGAACGUUUUGUAUUUUUGGUAAAAAACAGAAAAAUGGAGACCAGAGUUCAGAGUCAGAUUAAGACAAAAUGCAAACUUUGUAAAGGAUAACAAAAUUUGUUAUUUUAAAAGACUGCCUGUUUGAUUGUUUGAUGAUUGUGGUGAUUAACAAGGAACAAGUUGGUUAUUGAAGUCAAUGAAAAACGAGAUCAUAUUUAUGUUACGUUGAUUUGAAAUC